AUGAUGCCGCCGCUGGUGGCGACCCAGUCCCCGAAGGCACCGCCGAGUGCGGCGAACAACAUGUUCUCGCAGCCGCCUUGCGUGGCGACCUUCCCGUACAAGAUCUUCCUGACCAUGAUCGUGGAGCCGCUGCUGCUGCCCACCCCGACUGGGCUGUCCCAGGCGCCAAGUUCUUGCGACGCUCGGACAUCAUCCAGAUCAGCGGCUGCAGCUGGUCACAUCAUAGCCUGGCGAAUGAAUUGGUUUGCACCGCGGCGGAGCUUCAGCAUGGUGUUCUGCAUGAUGUUGCACGGGCCGUCAUGCCGCCUGGAGUGUCUGCUGCUGUUCCCCACGACCUCCCCGAAGUACAUGCACGUGACGUUGAUCUCGACCACGCAUGGGGAACCUACUGGGACUACGCACGCAAGGAAUGGCACGGAUCGGAAGCCCAUCCCUCACAACCCGAAGCAGCUCUGCAUGAUGAUGCACGCGCGCUUCUGCCGCCUAGUGUGGCUGCCGCUGCUCAUGAGGCCCCCGCGGCCACCCGCCAAUGUAGCCCUGAGCCCCCCGUGCGGCUCACCUCACCCCGCUCGUCCUUGUCGCCCUUCCCUCCUAUUCCUGCUUUCCCAGCUCUCCACCAGGAUCCUCACGAUUUACAUCCCGUUCCUAGUGCAUGGCCCGAUGCUCCUCACAGCAUGCCCGUGGCCAGAGCGCCGAGCGCUGACGACCGCACGCUGGAAGUAG